AUGACAAGAGCUGCUCGCCAAAGAUAUAGUGUUGACGUCCAAACCUCCAAGCACGCCAAGGCUAAGGUUGAAGGAGUUAGAGUCCACUUCAAGAACACUGCUGAAACAGUCAAUGCCAUCAAGGGAAUGUCAUUGAGAAGAGCCAAGAAGUACUUGCACAAUGUCUUGAGACACACUGAAUCUGUGCCAUUCAAGAUCUUCAACGGUGGUCCAGGUAGACAUGCCAACGGAAAGCAACACCAUGUUGCCAACAGCAGAUAUCCAACAAAGUCAAUCUUUGCAGUUCUCAAGCUCUUGAAGAAUGCUGAAAAUAAUGCCAGAGUCAAGGGAUUGAACGUCAGAGAUUUGGUCAUUGCUCACACUCAAGCCAACAGAGCUCCUAAGAUGAGAAGAAGAACCUUCAGAGCUCACGGUAGAAUUAACCCAUUCAUGGCUAACCCAUCACACAUUGAAAUUAUUUUGACUGAAAAGCCAACUGCUGUCUCCAAGGCUCCAGCUGCUGUUGUUCAAGAAUAA